AUGCUUCAGAUGUCUACUACUUUUAUUAGUAUUUUAGUAAGAAACGGGACCAUAUGUUUGGAUGAUGAGUACCGAUGGAAGGGGCCCUUCUACUUCAUCCAAGGAGCAGAUCCUCAGUUUGGGCUGAUGAAAGCUUGGGCAGUUGGAGACACUAACAAUGGAGAUGAUGAAUGGGGAGAAGAAAUCAAAUUAACAGAGCAAGCAGUGCAGGCCAUAAACAAACUAAACCCUAAACCCAAGUUCUUUGUGUUGUGCGGAGACCUCAUCCAUGGAAUGCCAGGAACUCAAUGGAGAAAGGACCAAGAGCAAGAUUUAAAGAAUGUUCUGAAGAACACUGACCAGGACAUCCCAUUGGUAUUCGUCAGUGGAAAUCAUGAUAUUGGCAAUACUCCAACAAGAGAAACAAUAGAUAAUUAUUGCAAGAAGUGGGGAGAUGACUACUUCAGCUUUUGGGUUGGAGGUGUUUUCUUCCUUGUGCUGAAUUCUCAGUUAUACUUCGAUUCUUCCAAAUGCCCUGAGUUAAAGCAAGCCCAGGAUGUGUGGCUCAAUGAGCAACUGGCUGUCGCUGAAAAACAUAAAUGCAAGCAUAUAAUAGUAUUUCAGCACAUCCCUCUGUUUCUGAGAAAACCUGAUGAAGACCACGAUUAUUUCAACUUGGAAAAAUCAGUUCGUCAAGAGAUAAUGGAAAAGUUUCAUAAAGCAGCGAUGUGAAGAAAUGCCUCCUUUUGUUUGCUUUGAACUUCACCUGUAGUCCAUAUUGAGAGCCAUAAAUUUGUAAAUGAAAUGCAGUGACCAUUGAUUCAUGUCUGCAGUUACUGUAAAAAAAUAGUUCACUAAUCAGCACUUAAAGGGUGAUUAUUUGGACCAUGUGAUAAAUUUCAUUGCUCAGCCAGAACCACUUUUUUCCCCAAAAUUCUCUACAGAGUGAAUGGGAAGAGAAGCAAGGUCUGUAUGUACCCAUUACAUAUUUAUUAUGUCAUUCAUAUUGCACUAAUUUAGCCUUCUCGUUCUCUUACAGUCUCAUUUGCUUUUGCUGAGAAAAGCAUUUAUUUAAUUGAAGGCUCAGUCUAAAUAAAGCAUGCUACUGAUUGCCUA